CCUCCGUGCAGUUUUACGAUGCAUAGGUAAAAAAGAUGAUAUCCAAUCUUGACUGAAGGACCAGGAAUAAAGAAUCAAAAAUGCUGUCGACCGCGGCUCUCCAAAAGCUCGACCUGCUUGCCCUGCAGGAGAAGGAGAUCGUGUUGGGGCACAAGUUGAAGGUAGCGAGAAGCGAGCUGGAGCAGUUGGAAGAAAAGGGUAUUGUGUUGACGAAGGAGCAGCAGCUGUAUCGCGUGCAAAUAUGUCUUGGUCUGGUGGGACGGCGCGGAACACCAAUUCCGCAGCUGUUUGCAAACACCACGCACGGAGGUCGUGUAUUUUUGGAGCUUGUUAAUAUUUUCGAGCUCAUGAUCCAAGAACACGUAUGAUCAGAUUUGGAUCGUGAUCCCAACUUGUCGGCAUGAUCACUGAAUAGAAGUCAUAGUUCAUCUUAUUAAAUGGUGUAAUGGCCAGCUCCAGAGGAUCCAGAAGUAUCGUAUUUGCGAUGCAUAAUCUGCUGCAUGACACGAUUG